CUCCGCUCUUCCGCGCCCCGGAGGAGCCUCGGGACCCCUGCCCCCCGGGGAGACCCCACAGUGCGCUCCAGGUUCCCAGUGUGGUGCAUGGAGAACCAAUCCAGUCUAGUCCAGGAGGCUGGGGGCUGGGGCAACCCUUUUGCCCAUCCUGAAAUAAAAAGGAAGGAUUUCGGCUGCUCUGACUUGUCUGUCUCCAGACCGCCUGGUGCUCAACAUCCAGCCCCAUCCCUCUUCCUGGCGUCGUUUCUUGGGCUUGGAGAUAACAUUUCCCUUGAAUGCUGAGCAAGGAAAUGGACUCAAUGGUACUUGAGGAUGUAGCAGUGAUAUUCAGCCAGGAAGAGUGGGCGUUGCUGGAUCUUGCUCAGAGGAAACUCUACAGAGAAGUGAUGGAGGAAACCUUCAGCAGCCUGUCAGUAGUCUCUGGAAACCCUAAUGUUGAAGCAAAGCCAUUCGGUGAACAUAUAAUGGUGCGCUUUAUGCAGGCUGACAGCUGGUCCUCCCAGCUAAGAGGAAUAUCUGAAUCACACUGCAAUAAAGAUCAGCAUAUAAACCAAAGAAAGCCUUUGAGAAGUCAUUCAAUAAAAAACCACUAUAAACAUAAUGAAGGCAAUGAUUGUGGGGAAAACUUCAGCCAGAUCCCAAACCUUACUGUACUAAAACGAAAUCCUCCAGAAGUGAAUCCUUUUGAAUGCUGUGAGACUGGAAAAGCCUCCAUGGAUCACUUAUCACAAAAGAAUCACAGUAAAUCUAACAUUGGAUGCAGUAUUUCUCAGUAUAAGGAAUAUGGAGAAGCCUUCAGUUGUUCGGCUGCCCUGUCCAGCCCUGGAAGAAUUCCUAAUGGAAUACAAUUCCCUAUUUGUAAGGCAUAUGGGAAGGACUUCCUUUGCAGCCCGAAACUUAAGAAUCCUGUGCUCUCACUUAACAGUGUGAAACUGUAUGAAUGUAGCAAAUGUGGGAAAUGUUUCUGUACUUCUUCAUCCUUUUGGAAACAUGUCAGAACUUAUACCCAUGAAGGUGGUAAAAUCUAUAUUCCUUAUGAACUUAAGGAAUGUGGGAAAGCCUUCAGUGAUUUCACUUCUCCAACUCAACAGGUGGAAAACAGCAGUGGAAACAAGCCUUCUGAGUAUGAGGAAUGUGCCUCAUCCCUUACUCUGCAGAUUAGAACUGACAGGGCAGAGAGGGCUUUUGAAUGUGGUCGUUGUGGGAAAACCUUUAGACGAGUCGCAAACCUAAAUAGACAUAUUAGAACUCACACUGGAGCUAGGCCUUAUAAAUGUAAGAAAUGUUUAAAGACUUUUAGUCGAGCUUCAAAUUUGGCUGCACAUAUAAGAAAUCACAGUGAGAGAACUUAUGAAUGUAAGCACUGUGGGAAAGCCUUUACACGGGGAACGAGUCUCACUAGUCAUAUAAGGAUUCACAGUGGAGAGAGGCCCUAUGAAUGUAAGCAAUGUGGCAAAGCCUUUACACAAAGCCAAGGUCUCACUAGUCAUAUAAGUAUUCACAGUGGAGAGAGACCCUAUGAAUGUGAGGAAUGUGGGAAAGCCUUUCGGCGAGCCUCAAAUCUAGCCGCACAUAAACGGAUUCACAGUGGUGAGAGACCUUAUGAAUGUAAGCUCUGUGGGAAAACCUUUACACGGGGAACAGGUCUCACUAGUCAUAUAAGGAUUCACAGUGGAGAGAGGCCCUAUGAAUGUAAAGAAUGUGGCAAAGUCUUUACACAUAGCCAAGGUCUCACCAGUCAUGUAAGGAUUCACAGUGGAGAGAGGCCAUAUGAAUGUAAGGAAUGUGGGAAAGCCUUUCGCCGAGCCUCUAAUCUGGCUGCACACAGAAGGAUUCAUAAUGGAGUGAGGCCCUAUGAAUGUAAGGGAUGUGGGAGAACCUUCAGUGAUUUCCCAUCCCUAACACAACAUAUAAGAAAUAACAGUGAAAGCAAACGUUCUGAAUAUGAGGAAUGUGCCGCAUCCCAUACUCUACUUAUUAGUUCAGAGAGGGCUUUGGAAUGUGAUCCGUGUAGGAAGGCCUUUAGACAUACCUUGAACCUCAAUAGACACAAUAGAACUGGAGCGAGGUCUUAUGAAUGUAAGCACUGUGGGAAAGCCUUUACACGGGGCACAGGUCUCACUAGUCAUAAAAGGAUUCACAGUGGGGAGAGGCCCUAUGAAUGUACAGAUUGUGGGAAAACAUUUACACGGAGCACAACACUCACUGUACAUAAAAGGAUUCACAGUGGAGAGAGGCCCUAUAAAUGUAAGGAAUGUGGGAAAGCGUUUACCCAUAGAACAGGUCUUACUAGUCAUGUAAGGAUUCACAGUGCAGAGAGGCCCUAUGAAUGUAAGGAAUGUGGGAAGGGCUUCCGUCAAGCCUCAAAUCUGACUGCACAUAUAAGAAUUCACAGUGGUGAGAGGCCUUAUAAAUGUAAGCACUGCGGGAAAGCUUUUACACAAAUCACGGCUCUCACUAAUCAUAUAAGAAUUCACAGUGGAGAGAGGCCCUAUGAAUGUAAGGAAUGUGGGAAAGCCUUUCGCCGAGCCUCCAUUCUGGCUGAACAUAGAAGGAUUCACAGUGGUGAACGACCUUAUGAAUGUCAGCACUGCAGGAAAGGCUUUAUACAGAGCACAGCUCUCACGCGUCACCUGAGGGUUCACAGCGGAGAGGGGCUCUAUGAAUGCAAGCACAGGGGAGAGCCUUUAGGUAUUCCUCACAUCUCAUCGAACAUGUAAGUACUCACAGUUGAGAGAAGCCUUAUGAAUUUAAGCAAUAUGGUGAUACCUGUAGUCAAGCUUUAACUUUGAUUAUACGUGUAAGAAUUCACAGGGUGGAAAUACUGAGUGUAAGCUACAUGGGAACGCCUUCAGUCUGGCCUCACCUCGUAAUAAGACGUCAGAUGAUUACAUGGGAGAAAGGUUAUAUAAACGUAAGGAAUGUGCAAAAGCCUUUUUUAAUUCCUUAGCACUCACUGCAUACAGAGUACUUCACAGGGGUGAUGAGCCUUAGUGAUUAAUCAGCCCUGACCAGACGUAAGCACUCAUGGUGAAAAGAGUCCUUCUAAUGUAAGGAAUAAGUUCAUCAAAACAUAUUAAACAUAUAAGCAUUCACAGUUAUGUCCAUUCUUACAGUAAUGUGGAAAUCCUUAACUUUUUCCUUUCUUACCUUGGAAAAGAAGAACUUAGAGUGGAAAGGUUGCUCUGUCUCAAAAAUAGAAUGUUUUAUCUGUACAGUGAUGAUAUCAAACAGUACAUUUGUGAAGUUGUGUGGUAAAGGAACAAGUUUUGUCAGUGUUGACAGCAGUAACUGAAAGAAAGGAUCCUGUGUGCCUUUGGAAGAAAUGCCAGUUUCAUUACAACAGAGGGGUUUUUCUACUUGCUUUGUUAUUGCUCAGCCCAAGCUCCAUUUUACUUCUUUUUAAAUCUUUAGCUUUUACACAUAAGAUUGUAGAUAAUACUUUGAACAAAUAAUUUAUAUUCUUUUAAUGUUGUUUUGUUUGUUUUUUUUGCUAUUAUGUAAAAUGAAAUAAAUUCCUAUUUUGGGGGGGUUGGUCUGUUUUUUCUUUUCAUAUUGUAUAGUUAACUAUUCUAUCCGUUAUAAUCGGUAAGUUUCUCAUAGGUUGAUACUUUGGAGUUAUACAGAUUAUUUUCUAUAAUACCAAUACCUCUUCUGUGCCCAACGUGGCAUAAAACUGAAAACGGCAAUUUAUUGGAUAUCCUUGGAUAACAGCAAGACUGACUCGAAUCUCCAUGCUGUUUAAAGUGUGGUAGGGACUCGUAGCUGUAGCCAACAAAUUUAUCUGUUUCUGGACUCCAGGCCUCCAGGGCCACACUAGCAGGUGUUACAUAAAGUGAAUUAGCAAGGAGAAGUUCACUAGUGGCAAGUAAAAGCAUACCUAUAUUUGGGCUUGCAAAACCUGGUUUACCUAUAGUUCAUACUUUGGUUCUUAAAAAUCUCAAGUCCCCAAGUCAAGGUUUUAAGAAAUUACCCAGUGACUGCAUACUGCAGCUGGAGUCACCGACUGCAGCAGUGUUUCUGGUAAACAGCAACAGGAACCCAUCCAUAUACCAAGGAAAGGAUUGGCAAAAGACCUUUUUGGGUAGCGGCUAGAAGGAAAACCGGGCAGCAAAACCCACCAACCAUCUUGUGUAUCCAGACACUGCUUCUCCAUGUGGCCUAACAAGUCAUGAAGAGUGUAGUGAUGAUAGUUUUGUGUAGAGAGCUCAUUCAGUCCACAAGGGAUGUCCCAGCUUCCACAGCUGUCAGGGUGACUAGAGCCAUCCAGAUCUCUAGGGGCGUUCCUCUUCUGGGUUAAUAGCUGCCAGCAAGCUUUCCCUGCUGGCAUUCCGGGCUUGUUAGUCAAAAUGGUGACAGUUUUCAAUUGUCAUGGGCCUUCUGCAGAGCCAAGAAAAGGAACAGAAGCUGCCCUAAGGUAAUUAAUGUCAGUAGAAAUCCCUGGGCUUGAUUUGUGUCAUUUAACCCCUUCUGUCUACUUAUUUUGCAGUGAAAGAUUCACCAGCCUUAUUACUAACUUAUGAAUAAAUUGGGUCUUCAAAGGUUUUUAAGAAAAUGUAUACUAUGUGGAAACACGUGAAUUUUACAUUUAUAUGGUACCACAAUAAACUCACUCACUUUGG